AUGGCUAUCGCUCACCAUGUGACGGACGCCCUUGGCCUGGCUUUCCGACACUGGUUCGGACUGCUGUUGGUCUUCUUCAUCGGCCGCGCUGUUUAUCGCCGUUACCUUCAUCCACUCAGGAACAUUCCAGGACCAUGGCUUGCAUCGAUGACCGGGUUGUGGUUCUUGAGCGUACACUUCAACCCGCAGCAGCACUGGGUCAUCGUCGAUCUGCACCGCAAGUACGGCCCUAUUGUGCGUAUCGGUCCCAAUCGGAUCAUUUUCACCUCCCCUGACACAAUCGGCGACUACUAUGGCUGGGACAAGUCGAGAUAUUGGAAAGCAUUCCAGCAGAACCCUCACGUUCCAAAUCACGGUGGCACUCUGACAUCAAAGGAACACCGAGUAGAGAAGUCCAAAAUCAUGGGUGCUUACACGCUUUCCCAGAUCUUGAAGUCAGAAGCGAAGGUAGAUGGACAUGUACUCGCUUUGAUGGAACAGUUCUCACGCAGGACAAAUGCGGCUAUCGACCUCGCGCCAUGGUGUCAGUAUUUCGGUUGGGAUGCUGUCAUGGAUGUGGCUCUGUCGAGAAACAUGCAUUUUGUUAAGAGCGGAUUCGAUGUUGGCGGGCAGAUUCAAUCAUUACACAAGCUGCUUCUUGCAGCCGCUUUCGCAGGCCUCUAUCCAAGCAUACCGAUACUGAUCAAUCAUCCGUUGUGGUGGCCUACAUUGUCCCCAAAACCAACAGCAAAGUCUGGGAUAGGUGCCAUACAAGGCAUCGCGACCAACUCCGUGAAGGAUAGGUUCGACAAUCCAGACCCGACCAAAACCGACAUAAUUCAGUGGAUGAUUGAGCAUCGCGACAAAGACGGCAACACGCUUUCGCAGGCGCGUAUUGGUGAGGAAGCGAUGGCACCUGUGCUGGCUGGAUCCGAUACGACAGCUAGCACAUUGCGGUCAAUGAUUCUUCGCACCGUUGCGAACCCACGCGUGUACAACAAGCUGAUGUCGCAGAUCGAUAACGCCGAUCAGGCGGGCCUCCUGUCUGUGCCUCCUACUCACGCAGAAAUUCUACGUCACGUUCCUUACAUCGAAGCCAUUCGGAAGGAAGCACUUCGCUUACUUCCAGCUUCCGCCCUCCCUUUCUUCCGCGAAGCGCCUGCCAAGGGUGCGACUAUCGAAGGAUACUUCAUUCCUGGUGGCACAGAUGUCGGUCUUCAACACUGGGCUAUCGCUCGGAACGCUUUGUACUGGGGCGACGACUACGAUCUCUUCCGGCCCGAGCGGUGGACGGACGAGCAGGACGAGCAUCGAAGGAGAAUGCGCGAUCUCGGAGAUGGUUUCUUUGCCGAUGGUGUGUACAAGUGCACAGGCAGAAAUCUAGCGACGAUGGAGAUCAUGAAGAUGCCGAUAGAAUUGUUCAGGCGCUUUGACGUGGAGCUACUGAAUCCGGACAAGCCGUGGAAGGAGAAGGGGGCUCUCGCAAUGCUGCAUACUAAUUUCUGGGUCAAGCUGACACCCAGAGGGAAGAGCGGGCACGAGCAGUAG